AGUCCUAUUUACUGAGCGCUUACUUUGUGCAGAGCACUGUACUGAGCGCUUGGGAAGUCCAAGUUGCCCCUCCUGGCUUGGAAGGCCCAUCCCGCAGGAUGGCCCUGGUCACCCUGGAAAGAGGCCCCUGCCCCGACCCCACCACCGAGGCGGACGUCUUAAGAAGCCGGAGGGACCAGCUGCAGAGACGGCAGAGCUUUGCAGUGCUGCGAGGGGCUGCGCUGGGCCUGCACGAUGUUGGGACUCUCGGGGCCGAGGAAGAGGACGAGACCCCGGAGGGGACGCAGGAGCCUGGACAUUGGGAUGAGGAGCAGAAACAUCGCCUGUGCCGCAUGAUGGAACUGCUCAGACCUCAGGAUAACAUCCGCCUGGCGGUGCAGCUGGAGUCGGCCCGGCCUCCUCGCCUCCGCUACCUGCUGGUGGUGUCGCCGUCCAAACCAGAGGCCCGGGAUGAGACCGUCCUGUUGGGAGUGGAUUUUCCCAAGGGCAGCUCCUCCGGCUGCAGCCUGGGCCUGGCCCUGCCCCUGUGGAGUGACUCACAAGUCUACCUGCAUGGAGACGGAGGCUUCAGCGUGAGUUCGGGGGGCCACAGCCGGAUCUUCAAGCCCAUUUCCAUCCAAACCAUGUGGGCCACCCUGCAGGUCCUGCACCAGGUGUGCGAGGCGGCCUUGGCCGGCGGGCUGGUGCCCGGGGGCGGGAGUGUACUGGACUGGACGAAGCACUACCGGGCCCGAGUGACCUCCGACCAAAGCUGCCUCAACGAGUGGACGGCCAUGGCCGACCUUGAGUCUCUACGGGCCGACCCGGACCCCGGCCGGGCCUCGGAGCUGGAACUGACGGAGAGACGGAUCCGGGAGGAGCUGCGACAUGUACUGGACGCCUGUGACCUGGACAGCGUAACUGCCAAGGAGAUCCGCCAGGCUUUAGAGCAGCGCCUGGGCCGUCCACUACAGGACCACCGUGACUUCAUCGACAACGAGGCCCUGCUGCUCCUGGCCCAGCGGGACCGGGCCUCCCGCAUCUUCCCGCACGUCUACCUGGGCUCCGAGUGGAAUGCCGCCAACCUGGAGGAGCUGCAGCGCAAUGGGGUCAGCCACAUCCUGAACGUGUCGCGGGAGAUCGACAACUUCUUCCCCGAGCUCUUCACCUACCACAACGUGCGCCUGUGGGAUGAGGAGUCCACACAGUUGCUGCCCCACUGGCCCGAAACCCACCGCUUCAUCGAGACCGCCCGGGCCCAGGGCUCCCGCGUGCUGGUUCACUGCAAGAUGGGGGUGAGCCGGUCCGCGGCGACGGUGGUGGCCUACGCCAUGAAGCAGUACGGCUGGGAGCCGGACGCGGCCCUGCGCCACGUGAAGGACCUGCGGCCCGUCGUCCACCCCAUCCCCAGCUUCCUGCGCCAGCUCCACACCUACCAGGGCAUCCUGACUGCCAGCCGUCAGAGCCAGGUGUGGGAGCAGAAGGCGGCGGAGGCGUCACCGGAGCGGCCGGGAGCCCGCGUCCCCGCGUGGUUGCCCCCGCCGACCCCAACUGACCCCUCGGUGGCUACCAAAGAGGAGCCGGGGCCGCGGCGCAUCAGCCUGAGGAAGAUGAUGAGGUCCAUCAGCUGCCUGGAGGCCCCGGACCAGGCCGCACCACUGACCCCCGGAGACCUCCCCGAGGUUUUCCCAAGGGAGGAGGGGAUCCCCGUGUCCCCCCAGGAGCAGACGGGAAAAGCGAGGCCUCCCGGCCUGGAAUCCCAACAGCGGAGCCCUGCCUCGAUGGGCCCCCGGCGCCGGGCCUCCGCAGGCCCGCGACCUGUCCCCUCCGCUCCCCGAGCGCGGAGGAUGGUGAGACAGGCCGGCGUGGACGACGACAGCGGAGGCGACUGUUAGUCCAGGGCUGAGUGCUUAGUACAGUGCCCUGCACGCAGUAAGCGCUCAAUAAGCACGACUGAUUGACCAGCGGGGAGACCGGGGUGGGGGAGAACGUGGAAGCACCGCCUGAUCCCCCUCGCCGACAUCCUUUUCCUUGGCUCAGUGGAAAGAGGCCGGGCCUUAGGAGUCAACUUGGACUUCCCAAGCGCUUAGUACAGUGCUCUGCACAUAGUAAGCGCUCAAUAAAUACGAUUGAUUGAUUGAUUGACCAGUGGGGAGACCAGGGGGGAGAACAUGGACGCACCGGCUGAUCCCCCUCGCCGACAUCCUUUUCCUUGGCUCAGUGGAAAGAGGCCAGGCCUUAGGAAUCAACUUGGACUUCC